AUGCCAAAGUUUUACUGCGACUAUUGCGAUAUUUACUUGACACAUAGCUCUACAAAUGGUAGAAAACAACAUAAUUUGGGAAGGAAACAUAUUAACAACAAAAUAGACUAUUACAAAAAUGUGAUAAAAAGUCCGGGAUUUAGUCCGCCAUUAAUGUUUGAUACAGACUACAAUGUGAUUGGGCAUUUAGGAAAUGUAAAACAAUUUAUACAGAAUCACGAAAAACAAUUCCCUGGAGACAAAAAAUACUCGAACAGCCAUGAAAACAAGGAUAAGGAAUCUGUAAAUAAGUCAUCUUAUAGAAACAACAAAAAUCUUAUAAGUAAUAUGAAUAGUAAUAAUAAUAAUAAUAAUAAUAAUAAUAAUAAUAAUAAUAAUAAUAAUAAUAACAGCAACAAUAGUACUGCAGGAGGAAGCGGAAAUGCUAAUUAUAAUAUAGGGCAUUCAUAUGUAAAUCAGGAAAAAUUUCAAUAUAUUAGAAGUACUAACGCUGGAGGAAAUUCGACUUUCACCAACCAAGGAAGACCAGAACACUCGAGUUAUUCAAAUAAUUAUAACAGUUAUUAUAGGGGUAGCCAAAUAGAUGGGGGAGAUGUUGGAUUACGAAAUUAUAAAAAAGGACCUGUUCAAAACUAUGGUGGUAGGUAUUAA